CAGUUCCAUGCCUGAUGACUUAUCCGAAAAGAGUUUUGAUUUCAAACUAGGUGUGUAUAACAGUACUCUACAUUUAAAUUUUAAAUAAUUUUUGGACACGACCGGGCAUCAGAUCAUCACUUUUUUUUGCCGCGUACUAUGUGAUGAAAACCAGAUUAGUUAGUGCCAAACAUUUAAUGAAGCCAACCGUUAAAAUGUUCUACAAAUCGAUACCCCGCUGCUUAUUAGUGUUGUUAUUUACAUUCUCUGCAUGCAUGACUGAAAAUGUGUGUGAAAAUGGUUGCACCACCAACUCGACCAUAAUUCAAAGGAGCAAACGAUAUCUCGAUUUCAUCCCUCUAUCCAGAAUGUUCUUUCGAGCCAAUAUCAAGGACAACAUCGUCAAAGUGAAUCAGUUUUGGGCUCAGUCAUAUGGGUUUCGGGCCAAUUUUCCGAUUGAAAAUCAGAAGCGAACCAAACGGAGCGAUGUGUACGAUACUUUGUCGGAUCUGAUCAAUCAACAUGGUUUCGACGGCAGAGCAUGCAUUUUGAAAACAUUUUGUGAUGCAUCAAAAGCCUUAACACCGAACAGCGGAAUGUUGUUCAAAAUGUUCAAAUUGAUUUUCUCCAACCGUCGCAAGGACUUUACUUCUGGUUUCAACAGUUUACCGAAAGACGACGAUAAACUCUAUCCAUACUUGAAGUCGAAUGACUGCGAUGAGCUGGAUUCACAUUGCCCAUUAUCGCUGCUAAACUUAACGCCGUACACAGACGUAUAAUUAUACUGUUUUGGAUUCGGUGAAAUAAAAGAGCAAGCACACACACAUAUCUUCCACGGAAACAUUGAGUUUAUUUGUCACAAGCAAUUAUUUUAUAAAACAAGCGAAGUUUUCCAGAU